AUGAGUAAAAGUGAUGAUCGAUUUAAUUCCCUAAAAUCGUUCCUUACUGAUAUUCCUAGACUAGGUGUAAUACAAGAGCUAAUACAAAUCCCCCAACCUCAACCUAACCUUCUGCAUCAUGAUCUACUAAAAAUCAACAAGUUAACAGAUGAAAUAUAUGGCCUUUUAUUGAACUUUCAGCAGGCUUUAGAAGUUUAUAAUAAUAAGUGCGAUGAUGACGGCUUGGAGUGGUACUACGAUGGUAAAUCCGAUGUGAUAGAUUUAAUAGAAGAUACUGAAUCAAUUGACGGAUUGAUUUCUGAAAUAUUAACUGUCAUUGAUUCCUCAGAAUCCUCAAUUGACCCUCAAGACUUAUCAGGGUUACUCUCGAAAUUAGAAACAACAUCUGAUUUACAGCUUGACGUCAAAAAAUCUUUGAUCCUACUCAAGAGAAAAGUUGAUAUAUCUAUCAAUUAUAAGGAAAUCAAUGAAACCAUAAUAAAAUCACUUAAAGAUGAAAUAUUACUCUGUAUUGAAUGUUUCCAUAAAAUUCUGGAAUCAAAACUCUCAUCUCCAAAUCGCCUUCUACCUAAGUUUGACUUGGCCCAGAUUACUGCUAAGAUGAAGAUUAAUGAUUUAUCAAGUCACUCUAAUACUAAUUUUUCUACAAAAUCUUUGAGACUACCCACUUUUAAUGACUUCGAUGAAUCCUUAUACAAUGGUUACUUGAUGCUUGAAUCUCGUAUAAAGCCUUUGAAAGUAAGUUUAGAAUUUUUGCCUUUGAAAAUCAACGAAUUUAAUCAUUUAUGCUUUAAGAUUUCUCCCCAGACUGCUAAUAAUAUACAAAUAACCUAUAACGAAUUAAUGGAUAAUUGGAACUAUUUGCAACUAGAAUUAGAAAAUCUAAAAAAUGAAUCUUUAGAUAAAAGAUGGAAUGAGAUUUUCAAAUAUCUUAUUAAUGAAAUUACCUACAAGUGUAAAACAUUAAGAGAAGGAUUGAGAUCGAAAAACUCAUCCAAUGAUGGUGAUCUUGAUGCAUCUGAUGCUAUGGAUAUAAUAGGUCCAGCUUAUAAACUCUGUUCAAACUCAAUAACUAUGAUUAAUAAAGCUUUCACUGAAGGAACAAUUACUGAUUCUUCCUUGGUACCUUUAUUCAAUGAAAAGCUUUUGCCUGAGUGGGACUUGCUUAAUAAUACACUCAUGAAUGCGUCCCCUCUGUCUUCCUCAUCUCACAGGCUUUCAAAAUCUGUAGAUAAGUUGAGUUCCAAUGAUCACUCAUUGGAUGAAAAUGGUCUUAGAACACUUCAAACAGUAAAAAGAAGAUCUUCUAUGUUCAAUUCUGGUAAAAAGAAUUCAUCCUCGUCGGAUCCGCUUGGCACUAUCGAUGAAAACGACGAUAAACUUGAAAGGAAGUCAUUUAGUUCUCGAAGAAGUAUAUUGAUUGAUUUACCACAAAAGUCACAACUGAAUACCGUUUCUUCUCGCUCAAGCUCAACUCCAAGUGAGCUGGUUUCUCCAAGUGCGUUGGGUAUCGAUUUAGGUGUCAGUGUCGACCAGGUAUCUUCUAAGUCUACCCCUUUCAGUAUUGAACAAAAGGACAAGGUUAGAGAUUUUCUUGCCAAUGAGAAAAAUGGCAAUCCUAAUAGUGAACAGAAUCAGUUUUUAGAGAUGAAAAGAAAAAAUUUAAAGCAAUCUUUAAUGAGGUUAAAUGGAGGAGUUGAUAUUGACGAUGACGAAGACGAUGAAGCAACUUUGGUGCAUGCAACUCCAAAACUUUCAUAUGAUCUUGAGUCGUCAUUUAGCGACUCAAGGAUGUCAAGAUCAACCUUGGCUAGAAAUCUGUAUAGCAUCCAGGAAUUAUUCAACUAUUUAAUGAAAAACUCCCGUCAUAAACCAACCAAACUUCCACUAAUAAGAGACGACUACACUAGUCUUGGCUUACCGGUUAUCAAAAAAUGUUAUAUAGAUUCAUCCAGGCCUUCGAGAAUUCCAAGCAUCAGUCCAAAUCAUCCAGUUUUCCAGUCACCUCAGCGUAAACCAUCCAAGGACAUUACCGGCAGGGUAGACUACAGCCCCACCAAAAACACACCUAUAGAAGUUAAAAGUCAACGCACAUUAAAACCUCCACUAUUUGCGAUGAAAAGAAACUCACUUCUCAAAAAACCUAUGAAGGAUUCAACUAAUACAACUAGGAAUACUAAAAAUUCAACACUCAAUCAAAAUCAGUCUAGUUUAAAGGUCAGAAAUACCGUCAAAACUUCCCCAAACUCGGUUGAUUCUAACGCAAGAUCGUCGAUUUCAUUAUCCAGACUCUCUGGGGUAUCACUUAGUGGGAUGAAUACACCUAAUCUUUCAUAUUCACAUAAUAUGAAGAACUCCCCGGAAGCCAAGCAAAGAAUGUCUCUGUUAAGCAAUAUAUCUCCAUCGGCAUCCUUAAUCUCGUCUUCUCUGUCCUAUAGAUCAUCAUCACCUACCAGACAACUUUCACCUAUUCGAUCCACCUCCCCAGAAAGACCCAACUCCUCAAUCGGGUCAAGAUUCGACGAAGUCCACUUGAUCCAACCUCUUAAAAAAACAACCACCAAGAGUGCAUGGAGAUAA